AGACGUCACACGGAAUCCCUCGAUUGCAUGAGGGCCUGCGGGAUACAGCCUGUGACCGGUAGGGUGGUAGCUCUUACCUGUUCUUUCAUCCUUUUUUAUAAUAAUAAUAAAAAGACUACUCAGCAGGUGUAUGAAGCCGAGGGACGACUCAAGUUUGAAUGAUGGCGGGUGUGUUCGACUUAGAACUUCACGAAACAAACUCAUGCGAAGAUGAAUUGUCCGACGAAGAGUUUCACGAUCCUGACGAAUAUCAGCCCACAGGUGUUGAAGAUGCUGCUGAGCCAUCAGAAAUGGAGACAGUGGAGAUCUCGGCACAGACAGUCAACCCUUUUCAGGAGAAGGUUAAACCUCAGGACUUUGAACUCCUGAAGACAUUAGGCAGAGGUGGUUAUGGCAAAGUCAUGCAAGUUCGGAAGCUAACAGGUCAAGAUAGUGGAAAAAUCUUUGCAAUGAAGGUUUUGAAGAAGGCAACCAUUGCAAGAAAUGCUAAAGAUGCUGCACACACCCGAGCAGAGCGGAAUAUACUGGAGGGAGUAAAGCAUCCUUUCAUUGUGGAGCUGAAGUAUGCAUUCCAGACAGAUGGUAAACUGUACUUAAUUCUAGAAUACUUGCCUGGAGGGGAGCUGUUCACACGACUUGAUACAGAGGGCAUUUUGAUGGAGGAUGCUGCCUGUUUUUACAUAGCUGAGAUUGUUCUCGCCAUAGAACAUCUUCAUAGCCAAGGAAUUAUCUACAGAGAUCUCAAACCAGAAAAUGUUCUUCUUGAUAAAGCAGGCCAUGUAAAGCUGACAGACUUUGGUCUGUGCAAGGAAGCCAUUGGAGAAGGUUCUUUGACUCACACCUUCUGCGGCACAAUCGAAUAUAUGGCUCCAGAAAUCUUAACACGCAAUGGUCAUGGAAAAGCAGUUGACUGGUGGAGUCUUGGGGCUCUGAUGUAUGAUAUGCAGACAGGAUCACCUCCAUUUACUGCUGAAAACAGAAAGAAAACUAUAGAUAAAAUUCUGAAAGGAAAAUUGAGUCUACCCCCAUACCUGUCAACAGAAGCCAAGAGUUUAAUAAGGAAGCUGCUGAAAAAAAAUCCUGGAGAGCGACUCGGUGGUGGUCCUGAUGAUAGUGAACCUAUCAAGGCACAUCCUUUUUUCAGGCAGAUUAACUGGACUAAACUAGCCUUAAGGCAAAUAGAACCACCAUACAAGCCAGAUGUGACCAGUGAAGAAGACACAAGUCAGUUUGACAUAAAGUUUACCAGACAGACACCAGUUGAUUCUCCUGAUGAUACAGUCCUCAGUGACAGCGUGAACAGGGUCUUUCAGGGUUUUACCUAUGUUGCUCCAUCUAUCCUUGAAGACAUGAAAGCAUCAAACUGGUUAGAGCCACGCUCUCCUCGUAAACACAGGGGUCAUCAUCGGCCAGGCAUUGCUAUUAUGGAAGGUUACUCCAGCAUGGGAAGAGCUCCCAACAGUCACAUCAACGGCCACACGGGUGACUUUGAAGAGAUGGACACUACCUCUGCAGGGUGCCUGCCGGCCAGGUUGCCCAAAAAAGUGAAAAAGUCUGGUUGGCUAUUUAAGCGACCUUGAAGAUGGGACCAGUGCAACAUUUCUAACCCGAGGUCACAGGACUUCACAACUUCGCAGAUUGGUCUUUGGAUUUUUAAAUGUAUCAAGAUUCUUACAUGUUCACAUUGUGGACAUGGUUUCAAACAUCUUCAUCUUAGGGGGCUUGUUGAUGAGUGGAAAUUACUUUUUAUGUUCAUCCUCUUUUACUCACAAAGCCAGCAUGAUAUCUUUUAUAGCUUUUUAGUUGUUUCUCAUUAAUAUUUGGUCUCAUUUUGUGUAUGCCAUUGUCAUCUAGAAAUGGACUGUAGUUAUUGUUUUGGGAAAGCAUGCCUUAAUCAGUAACAUAGUAACUGUAACUUAGGGCAUGUUAGAACACCUGGUUAAAUCAAAUGUUUUUCACUGUUAAAAAAAAAAUACUAGUCUCAGGAGUGAUCAGAAAGUGGCAGUUGUUGAUAAAAUUUCAAAAUGUUAUGGCUUUGUGCACAUGCCUGUGAACACCAUUUGAAAAAUGCCAGCAGCUGAAGGCUUUCAUUGUGCAUUUUAUUUAGAUGGAUGGCAAAAAUUUAAGAUGUAAAGGUGAACAAAAUUUCAGUUUUGUAAGCAUUACACCUCUUUUGAGAGUAAGGGAGUUGCUGCAUCAAGAAAUGUUUUGCAGUAAGUGGCGAUACUUUAUCUUAAAGGGAACUAGGAAUCCACAUUCCACAUCAUGCCUUAGAUACUGUAAACCACUCGCAGUUUGUGACCACCGGUCACUUUACCUGUUUUUCUGUAGGUUUUUCUCUUAUGUCUUGUCUUUUUUGUUCUAUUGCAUUUCUUUUAUUGAUAUUGUGGUUUCAAUGAUUCGUGAAUUUUGUUUAAAAAUGGUAAUACAGGUACGCAGUCUCAAAGUGGCCAUAUCUUGCUUAUGUGCUGAAUUUGUUUACAUUGUCAUCUUCACAACGUGCAACCAAAGCUGCACACUGAAGAUGUGGCAACUUUUUGAUGAUCCCUAGGGAUCAUGUAUCAAAGUUGCAAUGAGGUAUAUUUGUAUCGUGCAUGGCUUUUAUGAUGGAGUUUAGGUGUAGACUGGAUGUAGAGAUUUGGUCGUCAUACUUAGUGUCAGCGAAACUAUCAUUCCUUUCCUGUAAGUACAGAAGUACCACAAGCACGUCGCUCUGAGUACAUAUUAUUAUUAUCUAAGGAAAAGAGUAUUUUAAGCGAUAGCUCUUUAUAGCUGCUUGUGGAUAUAUUUACAUGUCGUUUGUGGCUUUUCUUUAAUGUGACUGUUUUCAUUGAUGCAGAUUUCUCUCUGCUUCAAGUUCUUUGAGAAGCCUACCACUGGCUUCAAUUAUAUGUUCAUUUUGUUUCAAACCUGCUUUAGUGGCAGAGAUUUUAGAUGGUACUCAGAAGAAUUUUUUUUUUAUACUUUUUUCCUUAAUCUAACAUCAGAUCAAGUCUUCCCAUCUGCUUUUAUUCUCCACCACAGUUUCAAAAGGCCUUUUGUAGGAAGUGUGGUCCAUGCCUUCAACUCAGGAUCUGAACAUGCAUACAUUUGCAUCAUUUUAUAGAACUUUUUUUAGUGAGAUGUUUUCAUUGAAGAUUAAAAAUGAAAGUUUCAUGUAACUGUUAUAUAUAUAUAAACAUUUCAUAUUUCUUAUGUCACCAUUUCUUUAUUUCAAGACAGUUUCUAAAAAUAAUCAUCUCAUUCAAAUUUGUCAUGGAUUUCAUUACCAUGGAAAAAGUCUUUGGUUGCAACUAAUUGCAGAAGUUUUUUAAUCCAAGUUCUAGUCAUGCUUAUCUUAAAGGCAAAAGUUUCUGCAUGAGAUAAUGAUUCUGUAUGGCUUUGUUGAUUGCAGUUGUCAGAUGCUCUCAUGAUAAAGACAGCUGAUUAUUUAGAAAUUUUAGCAGUUGAGGUUUUACCUCUCUUUAUGUAUAUCCAAUAAGCUUUACAUGGAGAGUUUUGCAUAGCAAAUCAAAAUUAGAAAAUUAGAAUUAUGUGUGUACAUAAUGCUGUUCUUGAGGGGGAAAUCACCUUUGCAGAACCCCAGCUAAUCACUCACUACUGUAGUGUCAUAUCCAUGAAGGGAAGCAGCAUGUUAAAAAUUAAGAUGUAUUUGCUGCAUCCUCCAGGUGUGCUUGCAUUCAGCAUGCCGAAGAUAUUUUCAGUCAUUAUCAAGGGGAAAGAGUUGCAGGAAAACACCAGUGACACUUUCAGAGGGGAGAUAAAAGAUGAAAGAUACUUUUUCUAUGUAAAAAAAUUUUUUUUUAUACUUCUGAUAUUUUUAUCAUCAAUAUAUUCACCUUUCGUAGGAAGUCUAUAAAAGUAACGUAAUAUUAUUACCUUUGGCAGUUCUUAGUGACAUGCACAUGUUGAAAUGUGCUGAGGUGUCCUGCAAAUAACUUUAAAGCUCUUUAAGAUGUCUCAUGUUAAAAUAACACAUGUAAUUUGUCAUGUUAGCAAAUGGUUAAUGGUUUAUUUUUAAUUUUCAUAUUAUUUACUAUGUGUGCAUUUAUUUUCAGUUAAUAACUGCAUCACAUCUUAACUUUAAAAGAAAAAUGUGGGCUAUUACGAAGUUAGAUUCUGUUGUUUAUGCUGCAAAAAUAAAAGUGUACUUAAAAAGCAGUUAACAUUCUCUGUGAAAGAGAAAAACAAAAGUUAGGAACGGGAUGGCUUUCAUAAGUGUAUCACACUUUAAGAGUUGAGGAAAGUAGAUAGACAUUAAGAAUAGGAAUAAUCAUUUCCAUAUUAAUCCUGUUAAUAAUCAUUAAUAAUUAAUAAAUGUUUUAAAAAUUUUGAAUAAUUUAACUUUGAUGGAUGUUCAAUCCCACUAAUUUUACAAAGAUACCCAAAUGUAGUACAUAUAUAAUGUAGAUAUCUGGAGCAUGUACAUUUCAAGUAUAUUCCACAGAUAGGCCCUUACAUUUGAGGUCUAAAAUAUGUGCCAAGCACUUAGCCUUUUUCAGAUGUUUUAAUCUGUAAAAUGUCCUAUUCUAAUCAUUCAUGUUGGUGAGCAGAUGAUGAAUGAGAGUGACAGUCACUGAGAAUGUGUACCUGAUAUAUGCUCAAGUCUGUCCUACAUUCACCAUGAAAUGUUUAGGGAUAUGACAAAGGCCAAAACAAAUAAAUGUAUGGAGACUUGGCACGUGCAUGAAAACACACACACGGAACAGGGAGGGUUUACAAAAAUGAAAGAGCAUUUUUUGAACUGAAUUCUGGGAUGACUAAAAAAAUAAGAGAAAAAGUCACGAGCAGUUUUAGCAAAAAUUAUCUGAAAUUUUUUAAGAUUACUCAGACUCAGGAGAGAGAGGAUGGUUUUAUGAAUGUUACAUUAUUGACAGGUUGGAAAUAAUGCACACUAUUUUUUUGGCCUAAUUGCCACGUUUCUGUUUUUCUUUCUUCUUUUUUUUAAUUUAAAGCUUUGUGAGAUGACAAAACUCAAAGGUUUUGAGUUGUCUUGGGUUUACAGACCAUCAAACAAAUUGUGCUGCUAGCACAUAAAUUCACUUCAAAUUUCAUCACUUCCAGGUGAUACAGAUAGGAAGUUCUGUGUGGAGUGCAAUGUAAUUAAAACUACACUCGUAAAAAAAAUACAGUGUCCACUGAGGUGCUUGUGGGCAGGCAAAUAUCAUGCUGUGAUAUUAGAAACAUGCUGUUCAUUCAAGUACUUAGAACCCAUAAUACUUGUACACUGCUUAAAAUGUUGUCACAUGCUUGGAAUCAGAUAUAUUGAAAAAGCUCAUGCAAAAAAAAUGCUUUAAUAAGCAUGUAAUGCUAAUACUUGUGCUGCUUAAUGAAUUGAGAAUUUUUUUCUUAUGACAUUGUUGUCAACGCGUAAUAAUGGGUAAGACCUCACUUUGAACAUUUUUUUAAAUCUAUUAUUUUCAAAUAUGCUUAUUUGCAGAAACCAGCUUGCCAAGUAUAAAAAGGUGUAUAAAAUCAAUGCAGAUUGUUCCCUUUAUUUCAGUAAUUUAUGUUGAAGUAUUUGUUAGUAUAAAAAAUGUCACCUUGCAUAUUUUUUCUGAUUUCACUUUUCAUUUUAUUAAGAUUACAAAUGCUUGAUAUUGUCCUUGCAUUGUUAUUAUGUUUAAUCAAAGUGCGUUGAAGUUAUAAAGGAUUGUUUUUAUGUACAUCAUGCACCUAUGAUGAAAAAACCUUAGCACAUAUAGUGCAGAUACCCGGUCAGAUUCAAUACUUCACAUCCCAGAAAACCCAACGUUAUACCUCUUGUUUCCAUACUCCUAUUUCCUUCCCUCAGCAAAUGAGUGUUUUUUCAAAUUAUCAUUUUUCCAGAAAAGUAGUCUGGAAGGCAAGAUUAUAUGUUAAUGUAAUGGCGAGAUCCUAACCCAACAAUCUCAAUUGUCUCUGCCAGGAGAAUAUAUAGCAGCCAUCAUAUUUUCAUAGUUUAGCAAAAAGUUUAUGCUUGAUUGCAUUUUGGGUCAUCCCUGAAACAAUAGUAGAAUAUCAUUGUACAAACAAAAACAAAAAAAGCCCCUUAAUUCUCCUGAAUUGGUUUCUUUAUUUCCCUGAUUUUUAUAUUGUUUUUUUUUUUGUGCCAUAAUUUUACAAUUUAUGAACCGGACCGUCGGUUCUGUAAUUUCUCUCCUAUUAAUAUGGAACAAAAGAAAAAUGUUUCAUAACUGAUUGCAGACAACAGGGAAGGAGAAGAGGAUUCUGCACAAUCUUAUCAUGAUACAACUAUUUUUGAUCUCCUUAAAUCUGAUUUAUUGCUUACUUGAAAAACUUGAGAUAAACAUUUGUAUGUGAUUUGGAUGUCGGUUUAAAUUAUACUGUGUGCCUGAGAGAAAGAAUGAUGCCAUGCUUUCAUGGUAAGUGGACUGACAUGAUUCUGUAAACUCUCUUUAACAGCUAAAACUCCACAUCAGAAAUAAACUUGUUUUUGCAAUUGA